CCGGAAUCCCCCGAAAGCAGCAUUAAGGACUGAUUGAGGCGCGCGUCCCGGAGUAAACCUCACAUGUCCACGAUCCUCCAUGACAACAAGAGGGGAAGUUACCGAGAGCCUGGCGGGAUAGUUAAGGGAUAGAGAGGGAAAACCGGGCGUUGUGUUUGUUACAGCUGCACUUUGUGGAGCCUGGGGCCAACAGCAACAGGUCUGGCGUAGCAAUGCUAAUCCCGGGGAAGGGCAGCAGCAGCAGCAGCGUCCCGACCCAUUUCCCACCGCUAGCAGGCAUGGAAAAAAAAGUCAGACUUCAAGCUAACUUACCCCAACUUUGAUUUUCUUAUUCUAUGUAAGUUCUGUUUCCUUUGGAGUGAAAGCAAUACGGCGGACACGUACACGGGAUAUCACCGGAGCAGGACAAGAGGAGGUAAUGGAGAAGCGAAAGCCGACCAACGGGAGCCGCUCCGCCGCCUACGGAGGAGCUAAAGACAGGGUGGGCAGUGUGGAUCCGUAUGGCUUCGAGCGCUCAGAGGACUUUGAUUAUGAGUCAUAUGAGGAGCUCAUGUCUGAGUAUCUAGUUGUGCUCACACGACGAUCCAUCAAGUGGUCCAAACUACUGAAGGGCAAAAGCAAGGUGCAGAAGAGUAUUAAAUUAAAGCGUUACGUACGUAAGGGGAUUCCUAAUGAGCACCGGGGUCUGAUAUGGAUGGCAGCCAGUGGGGCUCAAGACCAGCUGGAGAAGAACCCAGGGUAUUACCAGUCCCUGUUAGGAGCCGAGCACGACCCCAAACUCGUGGAGACGAUCAGGACGGACUUGAACAGAACAUUCCCAGAAAACAUCCACUUCCGCAAGACGACAAAGCCAUGUCUGCAGCAAGCUCUCUACAAUGUGCUGCUGGCGUAUGGACACCACAAUCCAGCUGUGGGCUACUGCCAGGGAAUGAACUUCAUCGCUGGGUACCUGCUCAUCAUCACAAAAGAUGAAGAGAAAUCCUUCUGGCUGAUGGAGGCACUGCUCGGCAGAAUUUUACCAGACUACUACAGUCCAGCCAUGUUAGGCCUGAAGACAGACCAGGAAGUGUUAGGGGAGCUGGUGAAGAUAAAAGUCCCCCAAGUGUGGCAGAUCAUGGUGGAUCAUAAUGUCAUGUGGACUCUUGUGGUUUCCCGGUGGUUCAUCUGUCUCUACAUAGACAUCUUGCCUGUAGAGACUGUUCUGCGAAUCUGGGAUUGCCUGUUCUACGAGGGCUCGAAAAUCUUGUUCCGCGUGGCUCUGUCGCUGAUCCAGCACAAUCAGGCUCUGAUUCAGCAGUCACAGUCACUGCCAGACGUCUGCCAAAGCUUCAAGCAGAUCACACACGGACCAUUCGUAGAGGAGUGCCACACAUUCAUGCAGAAAAUCUUCACUGAACCAGGAAGUCUCUCCAGGGCAACCUUGACUAAGCUCCGAGCGACCUGUCGCUCUCGAAUCAUUGCUGAAGAAUCCUGACCUUUCUGUCCCCUCUCUAUUCCUUAGACUCUGUACUCAUUCAUUUUUUUUUUUUUUUUUAUUACCUCAGUCACGGUGACUGCUGUAUAUACUGUAUACUGUGAGUCUUAAACAUAUCUGGAAACAAACAUGAAGCCCAAAGUGGUAAAUGUGUGAUUAUAAGAGGGUAUUCUUGGCUCUGUUCUAUAUGAGCUGGUGAUUCCAUUUGAAAUGAUCCUGUAGUUUAUCUUUGGUAAACAUUUGCUUGUGUUUAAAUGUGGAAUUGUGCACGUUAGCCUAGAAAGUCAGUCACAAAGAAGAAAAGGUUUAUUAAAUUAUAGGUUGCAGACUGUAGGCACAGCUGGAAGAAUAUUAAACACUGUUCUUUUGAUUAAAUAGAAAGUUGACAUAUUCAGUGCUGGCACAACAUGCUGCUUCAAUCCAGUGUGAAUUUCAUUGCUUAAUUUCUUUAAACAAGUCAGUCUGAAGUUAUUAGCAGUGCUGAGGUUUUGCAGCCUUUCUGCAGUUAAAGCCUAAAAAGGCUGAUGGGCUGUUAACACGAUAACUUAAGAACAAUGCCACCUAGGAUGUUCAAGUUCACACCAUAGACGCAUCUACUUAAAGUCUGGGAGGAGUUUGAAUCUCAGUGACCUUAAGGUAAAGGUCAGAGGUAAGUUAAAUGGAGGGUAAAUGGAGGAGCUGAAAACACCUGGAUCAAAUAGAAAUACCACUUAACUAUGGAUGAUUGAUUUUACAGUCAGACCCACUAAUGGUUUUAAUAAUAUGCAUUUCUAAAGGUGUGUAGGUUCUAACUUACCAUUUCUUAGAUGUCUACAUUUGAAAAUCUCAUUCAGGUUUUAAUUGUCAGAAAACGGACUUAAUGCAGCCUUAAACUCAUGUUAAGCUAAAUUGAAUUUUCAAUACUGGUUUCAAGUGCACCACAGUCAUCCUCAAGUAUUUACGUUGUCUAACAUGGUGCCAACUAUGAUAGGAAUGUUUAAUCAGGAUAACCAAUCACAACACAGAUUACAGUUUACAGUGCAGCUGUAACACAUGGUCAGUGUAGAGAUUUUAGCUUAAGGGGAACCCACACGAGUCUGAUUAGAUUGAUUGGAAAGGUGCUUGUUAAAAGAUUCUGAUUUUGUUUUCAAAGAUUGAACUUCUGCAAUUAAAUGCAUUCCAAAGGACAGCAUGUAUGAGCUUUUACAUACAUUGAAAAUCCAUGGAUAAAGAAAUUAAACAUGAAAUCAGAUUGCCACUUUGUGCUCAGUAGGUGGAGGGGGUUCAAACAGGUUCACACAUCAAAUACUGUGCUGUGUUUAAGCUGCUGCUCUUUGGAAUCAAACCAGCUUUCUGGAACAGG